AUGCAAUUCACACUCAUCGCAACCCUCGGCCUCAGCGCUUUGGCUGUCGCUGCUCCGUCACAACAGGAUGCCCAACUCGAGGCCCGUAACAACGGCAAGACUUAUUGCUGCCCCAAGGGAAAGACUCACAGAUGCUACGAGUUCCAGGGUGUGUCCUCAACCUUGCAGAGCGCAUUGCGUGAGGAUCCAGUGUCGACAUGAACUGAUCAAGCUCUCAGGACGCGGAAACAAUUACCCAAAGAACGUGGAUGUGUACCAGCAAUGCUCCAAGGACCUAGCUCUCAUCAACGUAAGUAUUGCCUCCAGAAUAUGAAACCUGCAGUGACUGAUCUCGAUGCAAGGUUUUUGUCUGCGAUGUUUUGGACAACAACAAGCUCAACGUCCCCAUCGAUAUCAGCCUUCUGUCCUCUUAG